AUGGUUCAGAUCGCCGGUAUGGGCGCCAAGGGCGCAGAGGCCGAUGGGCAGACUGAGUCCCCCCAGUUCGAGAAGGUCAACUGGAAGAAGGAGCCUCAUCUGCGCAAGCUGUACCUAAUGUCCGCCGGCCUGAUGGUCGCUUCGGCCACCACCGGUUACGACGGUAUGCUGGUCAACACCUCACAGAUGAUGGACAGCUGGAACAAGUUCCUGUCCCCCAAGGUUGAGCAGGAGAACUGGCUCGGUCUGCUGGUCAACAUGUUCAACAUCGGUUCCAUCAUCAGUUUCUUCAUCACUCCCUACAUUGCGGAUCGCUGGGGUCGUCGGACUGCCAUCAUCAUUGGAUGUCUCUUCAUGGUUGUCGGUGGUGUGGUCGGUACUGCUUCCAACGGUUACAACAUGUAUAUCGCCGGUCGUUUCAUCCUCGGUUUCGGCAACUCUCUCGCCCAGAUGUGUUCCCCUUUGCUACUGGUGGAGAUUGUGCACCCUCAGCACCGUGGCCCCGUCACCACCAUCUACAACUGUCUCUGGAACGUCGGCGCUCUGGUCGUCUCCGUCAUCGGCUGGGGUACCUCUUAUGUCUCCAACGACUGGUCGUGGCGGUCCAUCACUCUGCUGCAGAUUAUCCCCUCCGUUAUCCAGCUGUGCUGCAUCUGGUGGAUCCCCGAGUCUCCACGUUAUCUGAUCAACAACGACCGCAAUGAGGAAGCCCUCAACAUUCUCACCAAGUGGCACGGCGGUGGCGACGUCAAUAACACCGUCGUGCAGUUUGAAUACCGCGAGAUCAAGGAGACCAUCCGUCUGGAGAACGAGGCCGGUUCCGACAGCAGCUACCUCGACUUCUUCCGCACCAAGGGCAACCUCUGGCGUCUGGCCAUCAUCAUGUCUCUCGGUAUCAUCUCGCAGUACUCCGGUAACGCUCUGUUCUCCAACUACAUGAACCAGAUCUACGAGGGUGCCGGUAUCACGAGUCAGAACCAGAAGCUCGGCCUCAGCACCGGCAAGACCAUCCUGGAUAUCAUCGUCACCGUCGCCGCCGCCAUGCAGGUCGAUCGUUACGGCCGUCGUCCUCUCUUCCUCAUCUCCAUCUCCGGCAUGGUCCUCUCGUUCAUCUGCUGGACCAUCACCGGCGCCGUCUACGAGAACUCCAACAGUACCAACACCGGCUCCGGCUACGCCCAGCUCGUCUUCAUCUGGCUCUUCGGUGUCUCGUACGAUGUCGGUUUCUCCGGUCUCCUGAUCGCCUACGCCCUCGAGGUCCUCCCCUUCAAGCUCCGCGCCAAGGGUAUGAUGAUCAUGAACAUCACUGUCCAGGCCAUCCUCGCCAUCAGCAACCAGACCAACAUGGUCGCCUGGAAGAACCUGCCCCACCACUGGAACUUCAUGCUGUUCUACACCCUGUGGGAUUUCUGCGAACUAAUCUUCGUCUACUUCAUGUACCCCGAGACCAAGGGCAACACCCUCGAGGAGGUUGCUCACAUCUUCGACGGCGAGCAGGCCGUCGCCCACAUCGAUCUGCACCAGGUCGAGAAGGAGAUUCAGGCCGAGGCCACGUACCACGAGACGGUGACUGGCAAGUCUGCUGCGUAG